CCUCACUCUCCCAUGUCUGCCUCCUGUCAUCUCCGUCGCCCAGACCACGAUAAGCGCAAACAAUUGAAUGGUGGCGCAGACUGAAUUGCUCACGUCUCACACGCCACCGCGCUGCAUACGCUCACAUCAUGCCAUAUGGCCAAGAUCUCAUCGACCCCGGCCCUUGAGCUGUGCAUAUGCUUGUAUGUACCGAGCCUUCUCGCUCUGGCUGGCCGUCCCAGCUGACUGUGCUGUCCUGGGUCAACCUCGGCCCAGGAGGCUGCAAUUCACUACUUGUCACGCCCUGACAUAUGCUCGAACAGCUGCCAGCGACACUUUGCUUUCCUCUGGAGCUACUGCUGCGACGGUCGCUAUGAGGAUCCCACAUUGGCUGCGUCGUCUGCGUCGCUCUUAACUCAUCUUAUCUCAUUCUUGUUGCCCGUACCAAGCUCAACAAUUCCGCUCACGGAAGACCGCACGAGUCGACUGUGACGGGCCAACCUCUCUCU